UGUGUCGUCUCAUCCUGCCCACGUCAUGCUGCAGCUGCGCAAGAAAGGUGGUGGCAAGAUGGAUGUCAACGCAACGGACGGAGAGCGAGGAAACGUGCAGGCCGCGGGUGGUGGUCCCAUGACGUCUCUGUGGUCUAGGGUGAGCUGGAAGAAACCACUGAGUCUCACCUACGCCGAGGAGUCGUCCGAGAACCCGCACUUGGAGCGAACGUUGGGCUGCUUUGAUCUGCUCAUGAUUGGUAUCGGUGGUACCGUUGGUAGUGGUGUCUUUGCCACGGCAGGCUUGAUUGCCAAGUCGUACGCAGGCCCUGCGGCCGUGCUGAGUUGGAUCUUGGCCGGGUUUGGAUGCAUCUUAAGCGGUGCGUCGUUCAUGGAGCUCAGUGGACUGAUCCCUUCAGCCGGCAGUACCUACGCAUACGCAUAUCACUCCCUUGGUGAAAUGCCAGCCAUGAUUGCUGGGUGUCUGCUCACCCUCGAAUAUGGCGUCGCCAGCGCAGGCAGCGCGCGCAGCUGGAGCGACAAGUUCCAGUCGUGGCUGCGUCAGAUGGGCGUGGAAGGGCCGGUGUGGAUGAAGCCGAAGGACAGCUCUAUCGACCUGUACGCUGGCCUGCUUAUGUCGUUGUGUGUGGGCAUCGUCCUCUGCGGCAUGUCUGCCGGCAAACAACUGAUCAACGUUGUCACAGUCACCAAGAUAUCUGUGGUGCUGUUCAUCAUUGUCGUGGGUCUGACCAAGUUUGAUUCGUCCAACAUGGACCCGUUCAUUGCUCCCGAACACAUCAACGCCGUCGAUCAGGUCGUGUUUGGGUGGCCAGGGGUCAUGCUCGGGGCGAGCGCGAGUUUUUAUGGAUACAUUGGAUACGAUGAAGUGUGCUGUUUGGCUGCCGAAGCCAAGAAUCCUACGCGCGACAUCCCCCGCGCUGUGUUUGGGACGGUGGUGGGGGCCGCCUUCCUCUCGACUUUGGCGACUCUGUCCCUUGUGGGCAUGCAAAAGUACACUGAGAUUGACGUGGCCGAGUCGUACGGCACAGCUUUACGGCAUGUGGGGUAUCAUUGGGCAGCUCCGAUUGUCGAAAUUGGCGAAGUGUUUACGAUGCCUGUGGGUAUUUUGAUUGGAUUCCUCGCCCAACCUCGUGUUCAAUACGCCAUGUCGAAAGACGGACUACUUCCAGCUUGUUUUAGCUCCCUGGACAAGCACGGGAAUCCCUUUUAUGGCACGCUCAUUGCUGGGUUUGGAUUGAUUGGUAUUGCCGUGUGCAUCCCGUUCAAGUACCUGUGGGACUUUAUUUCGCUGGGAAUUCUGCUGGCAUUCAACCUGACCAACACUUGUCUCUUGGCGGUGCGGUACAAAUCGUGUUUGUAUACCCCAGCGUGUAUCAACUCUGCGUCGAACCCUACCGCAGCCGUCGUCGCGCUCUUUCUGGGUGUGAGCUGGUUGUCUGCGUACCACAUCCAAGAGAGCUUGCUGGCCCCUCGGGGGUCCACCGACCAUUGGUACAUGCACACAUAUGGCCCUGUGGCCGCGGCGGUGUUUUCGGUCGCUUCAGGGCUGUGUGUGGCGGUGCUGGCACAUGCCAACCAUCCGAUCCAGCUCGUCCCAAAGCAAAGCCCUGACAACGACGACGACGACGAGCCCACGAGUCCAUCGGUGGAGACGACAGCGUCCAUAGAUGAGGAAGACCACGAGGAUGACGACGUAGCAAAGAAGCAGCAUCCCCACCAGGCCACGCCAUUCCACGCCCCGUUCGUGCCUGUGUUUCCGUGCUUGGCGAUUUGGUUCAAUUGGUUCUUGGCCGUUCAAAUUCCGUUGAUGAUUGUGUCCAUCAUGGCGCUGUAUGUUGCCGUAGCGUGCGGAGUCUACGGCCUCUACGGCCUAAGAGGGCGCCAUAGUUUGAGCAGCCAGCACCUGGGCGGCCAGUAUGCCAUAGUUCCCGAAAGUCCUUGAAAAGUACUAGUAACUCCUUCGAAACACAAGCAAUUCAUACGACCGAUAAUGCGAUAACGUCAAAGCAUGGAGUUCUAACGUGGUGAUCAACGGUAUUUCCGCAGCCACUGUAUAAGACGA